AUGCAAUGCGUCAAAACAUCAAGCCAAAGCAAUGAUUAUACGGUGCCCACCGGCCGGUGCCGUUCGAUCAAAUGCACUCAGUACCGUAUGCCUAUCAUGUUUCUGCCAAAGCACAAAGACUGCUGCUCGGACAGUCUCGAGAAACUUUUCCACGACAGCGAGUGUUAGGAGCACCAUAGCUAGGACCACCACGCCACGGUUACGGGAUGGAUACUUCUCUGCGAAUGUUUUACUUGAGAAAGCGCGCGCGAGCUCUAGCAGAGGAGCAUUGCUAUCUACAGUCACUGGGGAGGGUUCAAUUUCACGCAAUGGAGCUCUGAAGACUUCUCAGACCCCGGAAUCUACCCCUCCAACGUCUACAGAAGAUCUUCCGCACCGCCGCCGUCAAAAGGCACGAAAAGAAGCUGCUGCUGCUGCAGAGGCCGACCUUGUACUUCCCCAAAAUGCCUCGUCGAAUCUCACUUCCCAAGCUUCCACCGCGCCCUCGAAUUCCUUGCGGCGCCUCCUUCCCGUUCUCCUCUCGCUCUCCAAACCCCGGCUGUCGGUCCUCGUUGUCUUGACCGCAAUGGCAUCCUACUCCCUAUACCCCGUUCCCGAAGUCCUCAAUCCCUCCGCAACAGAUACUCCUUCCCUCUCCACGCUUACACUCCUUUUCCUCACAACUGGAACGUCGUUAUGUGCUGCGAGCGCAAAUGCCUUCAAUAUGCUGUAUGAGCCGAAAUGGGAUGCGAUGAUGAGCCGCACGCGCAAUCGCCCCCUUGUAAGAGGUCUUAUAUCUACACGUAGUGCUGCCUUAUUCGCUAUCAUUUCCGGUCUUACGGGAGUUGGCCUCUUAUACUACGGGGUAAAUCCCACCGUCUCCUUCCUUGGGGGGUUGAAUAUUUUUCUAUAUGCAGGGGUCUACACACCCAUGAAGCGCCUCUCCGUUGUCAAUACCUGGGUCGGGGCUAUCGUUGGAGGAAUUCCACCUUUGAUGGGCUGGGCAGCUGCGGCAGGACAGUCCGCCACUGCUGGCACAUGGCAAGAAUUGCUGCUUGGGGAGCAGAAUAUAGGAGGUUGGCUACUAGCGUCAUUGCUUGUUGCCUGGCAACUGGCACAUUUCAUGUCUCUGUCCUGGAGCAUCCGCCACGAGUACAAACAGGCGGGAUACAGGAUGCUAUGCUGGGUCAACCCCGCCAUGAACGGCCGCGUAGCCCUCCGCUACAGCCUGGCCUUCAUUCCGAUCUCCGUAGCACUCUGCUACUACGGGAUCACGGAAUGGAGCUUCGCCCUCACGAGCGCACCCGUCAAUCUCUGGCUUGCCCGCGAGGCGUACCGGUUUUGGAAGCACGAGGGGCACAAGGGGAGUGCCAGGGGUCUGUUCUGGGCAUCUGUUUGGCAUCUCCCUGUGGUGUUGGUGCUGGCGAUGGUGGAGAAAAAGGGCAUGUGGCAACGGGCCUGGAGGAGCAUUGUUGGCGAGCCGGAUCUGGAAGAUGAAUGGGAGGACGAGGAUGAGGAGGAGGCGGUGCUUACUGCGAGGCAUUUGACGCCGGAGGCUAAGGCUGCCGCGCUUACGGUGGGGAACCGAUGAAUUGCCCAUCGCUUAGC